AUGGAAUAUAGCAAUCCACAUUCCAUUUCACGUUCCAUUUCUCAGAUAAUAUUAAUAUUUAAACAUCUCCUUGCUUACUCCACAAUAUUUACUAGUGGUGUACAGAAACCGUUAAAACUGGCCGACACCGACGUGGAACGGCCAUUGGAAUUUGUGAAAUUUUUUUACGACAAUGAAACCGAUGGGGAUAUCGAUGAACCGAGGGGGUGCUACAGGAGGUCCCCAUAUUUGAGGACCUACUGUACAUCCGCAUCGCUCUCUCGCCCCAACGGUUGCCCCUUCCAGCCCGCGUCUUCUUCUCCCCCCCUCCCUCGCAACGCAUACAGGAAGCUGGCUCUCCAGCUCCACCCGGACAAGCUCGUCCAGUCCGGCUUCUCCCAGGCCGAAGCCACCGCUCGGUUCCAAGAGCUGGCCCACGCCUACGAGGUCCUCUCCGACCCCAAAGAGCGUGCCUGGUACGAUUCCCACCGCUCCCAGAUUCUCUUCUCCGAUCCCAGUUCGACCACCAACUCCGCCGUCCCCGACCUAUUCUCCUUCUUCUCCAGCACUGCCUUCUCCGGCUACUCCAACUCCGGUCGUGGGUUCUACAAGGUCUACUCGGAUCUUUUUGGUAAAGUCUAUGCCAACGAGAUCGAUUUCGCCAGAAAAUUGGGUUUGGGGCUGGACUCGGUCCGCGAAGCUCCUGUCAUGGGGGAUCUGGAGAGUCCGUACGCGCAAGUGACUGCGUUCUACAACUAUUGGCUAGGGUUUUCCACGGUGAGGAAGAAGGAGGAAGAGAGGGAGAGGAAGAGAGCGUUGGAGAGGGAGAGAUUGGAGAAGCUUAGGGAUUACGUGGAGCCAGAUUCCUCCAAACAAGAGGUGGUCCAGCUGAUCAAGCGCUUCGGGGCUUAUCUCACCAUCAAGAUUUCCAAGCUCCUCCCGAUCUCCCUCCAAAACCUGGAUUCACGAUCUGUUGGGGCCAUUGCGGGGCUUGCUGUUGCAAUAGUCUUCACUUGGAGGCUUUUGAGAUCACCUAGUCAACCUCAAAGAAGGCAACCCAAACGGCAAGCUGGUACACCCAGUAGUUCGGGUGCCAAUACCAAUUCAAAUCCUGGUUGGAACCGACUGGCAUAUUGACUCAAAUCCUGAAAUCAUUUCUCAGUUAUCUAGAUUCAUCAAAUAUCAUCUUCACAUAUCUCCUAACAGCCCCGAACGGACUGCUCCAAAUGUAUUCAGCACCCCAUCCUUGGAACAGUUCUUUGGAUGUGUCUAAGUUCUAACUCUGAAAACCAGAAAAAGAUGGUAAUAUAUUUUGGAACUUUUGCUAGGUUUGCCUUCUCUCCCCUAUGGAUUUUAUUCAUAACUUGGAGUUUCUGUUCGAUAAAAGCUCGAUGUUCUUUGUAUCCUCAUACGGCUGGUAUUCAGAUGAAAACUUGUAUUUCCUUCCCAAUGUUUUUAAGGGAGAGAAGUCUUCGUUGCUUGUAAUUCGUGUAAUAGAUUUGGUCUACAUCCGAACUUGAUCAUCGGAAAUCUCAUCAAAUGGAAGGUCUUUGUAA